AGGAAAUUGCAGAGCUCAGCAUUCUCCACAGGCACUUAGGAAGGAUAGAGAAAAUAAUAAUAAGAGGAGUUGGGCGGGAUGGUUUCUGUUGCACCACAUAACUGACUGCCUUCCAAUUACAGAAGAGAGCUUAUGUUACAGAAAAGCUAUUUAACCAAUCGGGAGGCAGCGUAGGGUAAAGAUACCAGAAAAAAAGCGAGUGGGAGAGUGGGCAAAGAGGGUGAAAAAAAGGAAAAAAAAACUGCAGUGUGUGAGUGUGUGUAGUUUUCAUCCCUCCGCUUUUAGCAAAUCUUUAUCAAAUUGUGGUACUUCAACCUUGGGGUGCAUUUCAGUGGUUGAGAGGGUUUAUUUGGUGAUGUUCUUAGAGUAAAGUGUCUUGGAGUCUGCGUAAAAAGGAACAGCUCAUUGCCAGGUGGAGCAUCCUGCACAGAAGGACUUUGGACUGAAAGUACUCUCACUGUGAACUUCCAGCAAAGACCACAGAUUUUUGCUGGGCUGAUCGUGCAGCUUUAGUAAUGAAGUUUAACUUGUUCAAGCAACAAACGACGCCCAUGGUUGCAGCCAAACCAACGGGGGCCAGUGACUUGACUGUUACUCCAGCCCCCGUAGCGUUAGUCUCUGCUGAGAACUCCACGGAGCCAGUCAACAAGAACGAUGCCUUUGAUGAGAUCAAAAACAAGUUCCUGAAUGAAAUCGACAAGAUCCCACUGCCAUCCUGGGCCAUCAUUGCCAUUGCCGUGGUCGCUGCUUUACUGAUUCUAACGUGUUGCUUCUGCAUCAUCAAGAAAUGCUGUUGCAAGAAGAAGAAAAACAAGAAGGGCAAGAAAGGAAAGGGUGACAUGGGAAUGAAGAACUUGAAAGGAGGCGAGAAACCCCAGGAUGAUGAUGAUGAGGAAGACGAUGUUGAGCCAGGCCUAACAGGAGAUGAGAAAGAGGAGGAGGUGAAGGAGAAGGAAAAGCUUGGGAAACUGCAGUACUCCAUUGAUUAUGAUUUCCAGGAAAACAAGCUUACAGUAGGAAUUCUACAAGCAGCUGACCUCAUCUCCAUGGACAGUGGAGGCACUUCAGACCCUUACGUCAGGGUCUUCGUCUUACCUGACAAGAAGAAGAAGUUUGACACAAAAGUACAUAAGAAAACCCUCAACCCAGUCUUCAAUGAGACGUUCACUUUUAAGAUACCGUUCACUGAAAUGGGAGGGAAGACCCUGGUGAUGGCUGUCUAUGACUUUGACCGCUUCUCAAAACAUGACAUCAUUGGAGAGAUUAAGAUACCCAUGAACACUCUGGACCUUGCAAAACCAAUCGAAGAGUGGAGAGACCUGGACAGUGCUGAUCAAGAAGAGCCAGAGAAGCUUGGUGAUAUUUGCAUCUCUUUACGUUAUGUCCCAACUGCCGGCAAACUCACCAUCUGCAUCCUGGAGGCUAAAAAUCUAAAGAAAAUGGAUGUUGGGGGACUAUCAGAUCCCUAUGUAAAAAUUAACCUUCUUCAAAAUGGAAAGAGGCUGAAGAAGAAGAAGACGACAGUGAAGAAAAAUACCUUGAAUCCAUAUUACAAUGAGUCCUUCAGCUUUGAGAUUCCUCUUGAGCAAAUGCAGAAAAUUCAAGCCGUCAUCACAGUGCUGGAUUAUGACAAGAUUGGCAAGAAUGACGCCAUUGGGAAGAUCUGGGUGGGAAGCAAGGCCACAGGGGCCGGGCUGAAACACUGGUCCGACAUGCUGGCCAAUCCCCGUCGCCCGAUUGCUCAGUGGCAUCCGUUGCAGCCAGAGGAAGAGGUGGAUGCCUCCUUAGCAGCGCUGAAUGCCAAGAAGUAAAUAAAAAUAAAAAAACUCCCACCACAUGCCCCCACACCUUCCUAC